GUUCGAGAUUAUUGUCUGUCGAUAUUAGGUUUUGGGAUUAGGAAGGAUUUUAAAUUUUAAAUUAAUGAAAGUUUAAUUUAAUAAUAAAUUUUACUUUUUGAUUAAUGCAGCAAGACAGAAAGGUAAUAAAAAUAUUAAAUUUAAAUAUGUAAAUAAUAUUUUUGUCGUAAGUCAUAAAAGAGGGAAAAAAGCUGCCGCUUCCAAUCCAACUAUAAAUUGUUUUCGUCGAUGAUCAAUCUCAAUUCUUAAAGUUUGUUCGACCUUUGACGCAUGAAGUGUUUUACUUGAUGGCUAGCUUAGUUUCCACAAGCAGUGAAACCCAGUUCGUCAAAACUGUAUGUGCAAUCGUAGUGAAGGGACACUGGGAUAAUCUUCUGAAGCCCAGGAUUGGUUCUAGUCUCACCUCAACAAUCAUCAACCAGGUACUGUCGUUCCUUUCGUUAGAUGGGUCCUCUCUGUCUUGGUCUUUCUUCAAAUGGGUAGAAUCAAUCCCCAAUUACACGCAUUCUCUACAGUCUUCUUGGACUAUGAUUCAAAUCCUCACUAGGAAGGGUCAGUACAGAACUGCACAGAACAUGCUUGAAAAAAUUGCUCUGAAGGAUUUCCUGUCUUCUCCGACGGUCUUGAACGCUCUUAUGAAAGACUGUGAUGACCCAGACUCAAAUUCGCAAGUUCUGAGCUGGUUGGUGAUAUUCUUUGCCAAGUCGAAGAUGAUCCAAGAUGCAAUUCAAGUGUUUGAGCACAUGAGAGUUAAUGGACUUAAGCCUCAUUUGCCUGCCUGUACUGUGCUUUUGAAUUCAUUGGUGAAGGAUGGGUUGACUAAUAUGGUGUGGAAAACUUACAAGAAAAUGUUAAAACUUGGGGUUGUUCCAAAUAUACAUGUGUUCAACGUGUUGAUGCAUGCUUGCUGCAAGUCUGGAGAUGUUGAGAAGGCUGAAGAAUUAUUGAGUGAGAUGGAGAUGAAGGGAAUUUAUCCUGACCUCUUCACUUAUAAUACACUGAUCUCCUUGUAUUGUAAGAGGGGUCUGCACUAUCAAGCUUUGGCUAUUCAGGAUAGAAUGGAACAACGGGCCGUGUCUCCUGACAUUGUUACCUACAACUCCCUAAUUUAUGGGUAUUGUAGAGAAGGUAGAAUGAGAGAGGCCUUAAGGCUUUUUAAAGAAAUUAAAGAUGCCGUCCCUAAUCACGUGACAUACACAACUUUGAUUGAUGGGUAUUGCAGAGUGAACGACUUCAAUGAAGCUUUACGAUUGCGUCAGGAAAUGGAGGCUAAAGGGUUGUAUCCUGCUGUUGUGACCUAUAAUUCUAUUCUCCGCAAGUUGUGCGAGGAAGGCAGGAUAAAGGAUGCAAAUAAACUCUUGACUGAGAUGAAUGCAAAGAAGAUUGAACCCGAUAAUAUCACAUGUAACACAUUGAUUAAUGCUUACUGCAAGAUAGGUGAUAUGAAGUCUGCUUUAAGAGUAAGAAAUAAGAUGUUGGAGGCAGGAUUGAAACCUGACAGUUUUACGUACAGGGCAUUCAUUCAUGGUUUCUGCAAGGCACGGGAGAUGGACAGUGCCAAAGAGGAGUUCAUUUCAAUGCUUGAUGCUGGAUUUUCUCCCAGUUAUUCUACAUAUUCAUGGCUCGUGGAUGGAUACUGCAACCAAGACAAUGAAGAGGCAAUCUUGAGACUCCUGGAUGAAUUUGUGAGCAAAGGUCUUCUCAUUGACAUCUCAGUUUAUAGGGCACUAAUACAAAGGCUAUGCAAGAGAGACAAGGUUGAUUGUGCUCAGCGAAUAUUCACUCUUAUGCAAGGGAAGGGAAUAUUAGGAGAUAGUGUUGUGUACAUUAGUCUAGCAUAUGCUUUCUUGAGAAUGGACAAUGUAGUUGUUGCUACGGAUAUGUUGGAUGAGAUGUACAGGAGGAGGUUGAUGAUAACUCUCAAGCUUUACCGAAGUUUCAAUGCUUCAUAUGCUGAUGACAAGGGAAUCUUGGAUAUCUUUUGGGAUCAUGUGGUCAAAAGAGACCUUAUUUCAAAAGGCAUUUUACAAUACGUCCGACAGUUGGAAUUACACUCAUAGAGGAGAAUUAAUGAUAUUUCUAAAUGCUCAUAAUCAAGUCUAUCAUAAGUGAUGGGGUGGUAACAAUUAAGAAAUGCCUUUCUCAAGGUGCUCUAUUGAGUGCGUCAAUAGUCCUACACUUUUGGUGAUAGUCCCAAGCGACAGUUUUAUACGAUGUCUAUUAUUGGUAAUCACCUCAUCGUUUCAUGCCAGGUUCUCUUGUUUGGAUUAGUACGAAGAGUCCUGAAAUUGGAACUUUUGAUGCAUCCUCAUAUUUAGUGACUGCUUAUAGCUCAAUUUUGAAGGAUGUACUGCUUCUUCCUUUUUCAAUAAAAGGAGCACCAUUUUCAGGAACGUUUCAUGAUGGUAUACGUGUUCCUGGAAGGACAUUGAACCAUCUUAGUUCAGUUUUGUGGUCAUUUUCUACAUUUAGAGUGAGAAGGCAGGAGUAUUUCUCCCUUGGAAAUGGGGUUAUAAGCACCAAAAUGAACAUCAGAAUUGACAUUUGAGCUUCAAAAUGUAGGACGUCCAUAUUGCUCUUUGAACAUGUCAUUAUUCAGUGAAGCUUGAAUAAUUGCAAAAUCAGUUUGCAUUCAAUCUCUUGUUUGUUUGUGUUUCUUGUUCCCCAUUAGACUAAGUUCCUUCAAAUGUUCAAAUAUUAGCUAUAUACUGGUGAUAAAUACUUCAUGUUUUCCAGAAAUUUUAUUCAAAAUUUUGUUGUCUCAAAUUUGUCUGAGAAGAUAACAACCAUCAUACUCACCCCAGCUUGUCUUGCAGGAAACAAUGAUAAAUAUGCUUAAAGAAGGGUGCAAGGCUCAAACUGGAGCUCAAACUUAAAACACGGAGUUCUUUAUUCUUCUUAUAAAGCUCUUCUUACAAUUUCAAAUCAACUGGUGGCAGCCUUGGCUGGAUUGGGCAGAAGAAGUGAGUUAUCGGCAUAAAACUACAAGUAGAAAAAUCUGUUUUUGUGCCCCAUCUAAGAGUUCAAGUGAUGUUGAAUCUACUUGCAGCACAACUUGGAAGUAUGGCUGAGUGGUUUGAAGCACUGAUCUGCUAAAUCUGACGUUUAAAAACAAAAGUAUUGUGGUAAAGCAUGGAACACUUCCGGCCAGUAUUUCUCCAGAAAUCAACAGCUAGCUAGCUUGAAAUCCAUCUCUUCAUGCUUCUAUUUUUAUCACAUGUUCAUUUGUGAAUGGUGCUACUGCAACAGUUCACCAAGGUACCCUUAACACAUCUCCUACGGAACUGGUCGAGGGGGGUAGCGUGGCAGUUUGCACAGGUUGGACAUAUUGUCUUGCAAGUCAAAGGUUGUAGGUUCCAGUCUUGUUGAGCCUUGGUGCUACUUUUAUAACCCCACACUGUGAUUGAUGUGUCGAGUCAGUGUUACCAUAAAAUGUCAUUGUCAAUGUGCUUCUAGUCGUUUCACAUCCUUUUAUGUAGAGAUGUAUAAAUAGUCAGAACUGAUCAAAGUUUAAAAAUUAAAAAAAAUUAAAUCAGGCUAAAAAAUCAAAUUAAAUCAACUAAAUUAAUCAAAAAAAUUAAAAAUCAAACCAAUCAAAUAAAUCGAAUAAACACAACAAAACUAAACCGAUCGAACAAGCCUAAAAAUUAAAUAACCAACAAAACUAAAGAAACCAACACAACUGAAAAUCAAAAAAAUAAUUGAAAAAUAAGAAAAAUAACUGAAAAAUCAAAAAAUAAUCGACGUGUUUUAAAGUUCAGUUGAUUUGAUUUGAUUAAUUAGGUUAUGUUGAUUAAAAAAAUCAAAUUAAAAUUAAAUAUUUGAAUUUUUACAAAAAAAAAAUCAAAUCGAACUCAUACAAGAAAAAUAUUGAAUCAAAUCAAUAAAUUCAAUCAAUUCA